CUCCCCUCGUCAUAGGCCUGACCCCGUCACUUUCCGCAUCCCUCCGCCGCCCCCGCCUUCGUCCCAUCCAGGCCCCCGGUCUCUCUCUCUUUACAUAUAUCAUUAGCAUUCGGCUCCCACUGUCCCAGAGAUAAUAUCACAGAUGAUGGAAGGAAACAAGUUUGGCCACCGUCUCAACCAGUACAAGAACCGCGGCGACCUGAAGCAGGAUGAACUGCGUCGCCGCCGCGAGGAGGCUGCUGUUGAAAUUCGCAAGCAAAAGCGUGAGGAGCAGAUGGCCAAGAAGCGCAACUUCAACGAGAAUGCUGUCGGCUCGGACAGCGAGGACGAGAGCUCGACCAAGACUGCCACCCAGGACGAGUUCCCUGAAAUGAUCAGCGGCGUCAUCUCUUCCGAUGUGGAGCUGCAGCUCGAGGCCACCACCCGCUUCAGAAAGCUGCUGUCCAAGGAACGUAACCCUCCUAUCGAGCAAGUCAUUGCCUGUGGCGUUCUCCCGAGAUUUGUCGAGUUCCUCCGCUCGCCCAACCCCAAGCUCCAGUUCGAAGCUGCAUGGGCACUGACAAACAUUGCUUCGGGCUCGUCGCAACAAACUCAAGUCGUCGUCGACAACGGCGCCGUGCCGAUCUUUGUCGAGCUGUUGACCUCGCCUGUCGCAGAGGUCCAGGAACAGGUCGUUUGGGCGCUUGGUAACAUUGCUGGCGACAGCCCGACUUGCCGAGACUAUGUCCUGAGAUGCGGUGCUCUCCAGCCCCUGCUCUCCAUCCUUAACGAGCCCAGCAACAAGCUGUCGAUGCUCCGCAACGCCACCUGGACCCUCUCGAACUUCUGUCGUGGCAAGAACCCUCAGCCCGAGUGGCAGAUGAUCUCGCCUGCCCUUCCCAUCCUUGCCAAGCUCAUCUAUGCCAACGAUGAAGAGAUCCUGACCGAUGCCUGCUGGGCCAUCUCGUACCUGUCUGAUGGUGCCAACGAGAAGAUCCAGGCCGUCAUCGAGGCUGGCGUCUGCCGUCGCCUUGUCGAGCUCCUGAUGCACCCCCAGUAUGCCGUGCAGACCCCUGCUCUGCGAUCCGUCGGCAACAUUGUCACUGGCGAUGAUAUUCAGACCCAGGUCAUCAUCAACUCCGGCGCCCUGACGGCCCUGCUCUCGCUCCUGAGUUCCCCCAAGGAUGGCAUCCGCAAGGAAACCUGCUGGACCAUCUCCAACAUCACGGCCGGAAACUCGUCCCAGAUUCAGGCCAUCAUUGAUGCCAACCUCAUCCCGCCGCUUAUUGAUACCCUGGGCCGCGGAGACUUCAAGACCAAGAAGGAGGCGUGCUGGGCGAUUUCUAACGCCACCUCCGGUGGCUUGCAGAAGCCUGAUCAGAUCAGAUACCUGGUCAGUCAAGGUGCCAUCAAGCCACUUUGCGAUUUGCUGGGCUCGGGCGAUCCCAAGAUCAUCCAAGUUGCUAUGGAUGGCCUGGAAAACAUUCUCAAGGUUGGCGAGGCCGACAAGCAUCUGACCAACGGCGUCAACCAGAUGGCCAUCUUUGUCGAGGAGGCCGGCGGUAUGGAGAAGAUUCACCAGCUCCAGCUCCACGACAACGCCGACAUCUACAAGAAGUCCUACGGUAUCAUUGACAAGUACUUUGGCGAUGGCGAUGACGAAAAUGAGCUUGGUCCUGAGGUCGACGAAGCUGCUGGAACCUUUGCCUUCCCGUCGGAUGUCAACAUGCACGUUCCCCAAGGCGGCUUCCAGUUUGGAGGACAAUAAUCUCGGUUCGGCACUUUCUUCUGUAAUUUCCUACACUUUUCUAUUUGUUUGUCAGCCACCCUUGCCCCUCCCCCCCCCUCCAUUCCGAUUCCUGCCUCCCAAUCCCCCAUUCAGCGCAGCCCUUUGGAACUUAAGCAGCGAUACAUCGAGCAUUCUCUAGCCUUCACGUUACUCCAUACCUUCCCUUUGCUGUUCUCACUCCUUGGAAUGUAACCUUUAUCCAUUUUGAGCCUGUGUAUGAUUCGACCUGUUUAUAUAUAAAGUGCUAGUUUGCAUCGCCAUUGAACCCCAGAUAUGGGCCUGUGUCGAAGGGGACUCAGAAAUACGGCAAUGGGCAACAAAGGUCAUGCAGC